AUGAAGGAGGUGAAGGUGGCAAGAUACCAAGAUCAGAUAGCCGAGCUGGCGGAAUUCGUUGACUCUGUGCUGGAUCACGAAGACGAAGACAUGCCGCAUGAAGAAGAACUGCACGUGGUAAAGCAGAAACUGUCGGAAGUCAAGACUUUCCUGGAGGACCUCAGAAUGGACAAGGCCCGCAGCGCUUCGGGGCACCAGUCCCAACAGAUCGUAGUAGUCUGUAAAGGCUGCAUAUCGCAAUUCAUAACCAACCCAGAACAGCUCAGAGAGAUGGGCAUAGAAGAAGGAUCAGAAGAAGAAGCAGAAUUCGCUGAAUUUGCAGAAUGGUUGUGGAAGCAGGUAUGGGAAGAGGAAGUGGGGAAAAGUGGCUAUACAUCCCUUCACGACGUUGCCUCAGAUCUCAACAGCUUCGUGUCCCCCUUCAGCGAAUACCUGUUUCUGCAAGACGCCAACCACAUGCUUUCCAUCGAGCGUCUCAAAUCUGUCACGGCUUCACAGAACGGCCAGGCCACCAUUCUCCCCAAGAGCGACAUGGCUUACCAGAAUACCAACGAAGCAAAACGCAAUGCUGGUGACCAUCUGCCCACUCUGCGCAGGUGGAUUGAUUCUUUGGGUAGACGCCUUCGUCGCUCUUAGAGAUUGAUCUCCGUCACAAUUUUGAGUCUUCCAAGGACCAGACACUACAUUUCAAUCGCCAUUCCCUACUAGUCGUUGCACUUGCAGCCACAGCACCUCAAAGUCCCCAUCCGUGGUCAAUUUUCAAGCAUCUCAAGCCUUGCUGAGUGGGAUGUUCAAGAUAUGACUUGCUCAACGAACUAGCAGGAAGAGAGGGGGGUUUAGGCGUCUAGGGAGACAACUUUCAAGUCAAGUGAAGGGGAGAGAACCGUUGGGAAUCCAAGAGAGGAAUGGGCUCCGGGAGCUUGAAAUCAAGGAGCAGGAUAUGGUGCUUGAGUUGCAGGAGAAGGAGAUGAGUGAUAGGGAGAAGGUUUUGAGGGAACGUGAGGAGAAGAUGGGGUUGUGAGUAAUGAAUCGGGGGGAAUAGUCCAGGGAAGGAAGGUAGGAAGGAA